CUUAUACUAAAAUGCCAACUAAUCUAUGGAAUUCUACUCUAUUUAAUACUAAUAUUGCUGAAACAGCAUAUGUAUCUAUAAAUAGAGAAGGAACAAAAUUAAAACUUAGAGUAGCAAUUAUAAAAGGUUGGAAUUUUGAUUUGCUAGCUUAUAAAAGAAUUGGAAUUCAUAAGAAAUUUUCUAUUUCUAAAACAAAUAAAGAUACUAGCAUAACACAAAAAAAAUAUAAUGCAAAUAAACAUAAAG